AUGAUAUGGAGUAUUGAUCAAGGAAUAAACGUUGUUAGUGAUAAUAGAAAAUCGUUAUCAAGAAAUGGACAAAUAAACUAUGUUACAAUGAAUAUAAUUUACCAUCAAAUAGAUUCAAAGACAUUUGCAUUUCAAAUUGAUGGAAAUGCUGAUGCAAGAUAUGAUUAUCAAAUAUUUUCACUUGCAAAAUAUACAAAAUCUGGUAUGACACAGACAACACGGGAAAAACGUCAACCAAAUCAAUGUAAUCCACCAGGAAAUCAUGCUAUAUAUGUUGUUGGAACAUUAGUUAUAAAUACAAUAUUACAAGAAAUCUAUCAACGUUUAAUACAAAAUCCAAAUCAAAUUCGAAGAAUAAGACCCAAUGACCCUAAUAAUCCAAUUCAGGAAAGCAUUGUUCGACAAUUACCACGUGGUUUGUUUGCACAUACUGAACGAGUUGAAUUUGUUAUAGCACGAAUAACUCCUCGACAUUAUAAUCCUAAUAAUCGAGUUGAUUUUCCGUCAUCAGGUAGUACAAGUACACAAUAUAUGAGAACAAAUUUAAAUGCACUAGCAGGAGAUGAACGUGGACAUAUUGUUGCAAGUGUGUUUGGUGGUCCACCAGUAGCAUAUAAUAUGUUUCCACAACAUCGUAGUUUAAAUCGUAAUUAUCGAGCAUCACAUAUAUUGGUUGAUUGGUUUGAAGCUGAAGCAAGAAUUCGUCAACACUUAGGAAAUAAUAGAGGUGAUGUACAAUGGGAAGUUGCAUUAUCAUAUGAUGAUUUAAACACUGGAAGACCAACAUCCGUCUCAUUUUCAGCAACAUUUUAUGAUAGGAAUGGUGCUGUUGUUGAUAGAUUAGAAGGAACAUUAAGGAAUUGUGAAGGUUCAAUGACACUUCCUAAUGGUCGUAGUUGUGGUUUCUAA